UUCUUCUCUGAAAUCAAUUUUUUGGUGAAAAAAAAUCCAAAAAAGAAUUUUUUUUGGAGAAUGCCUGCUCCAAAAUGUGAGGUUCACGUUCGGCAUUGUUGCUGUUGUGGAUUGACGCCUGGGGCUUUUUUGAUUGGACUUUAUACAUUGAUACUCUACGCCUUACUAGCUAUAUUAGCCGCUUGGGCAUUGCAAGAGACAGCAACUAAUGGAGACGUUCCAAUUUAUCAAAAUUGUCAAUUAGAAGCUCAAGACAAAAUCAAUCAACAUAUUAAAGUCCCUUUUGGGAAUGGGUCUUUUAUUGAGGUUUUGGACAGUUCAAAUUAUCAUUGUUCUUUGGGAAUGUAUACCGAGGAAAUGAAAUAUGCUGCUGGAGGUGAGAGGAAUUUUUUGGAAUUUUUAAAUUAA